AUGAACAGUGGCUCAAAAAAAAAUAGGAACCCGGAGUACACCGUCUUUGGCAUAGGCAUCCGUGAUGACAGCAGGCCUCAAUUUGCAUCGGGACUGCUUCUUGCCGUCAUUGCCAUCGACCAAGGCGCAAUUUACGGAAUCAACACUAUAGAAGAUUUGGCCCAACAGCAGUUCCCCGAAGGGAAGAAUGAAAUUCCCCUGCGCUGGAAGGAUGACGCGAAGGAAAAGCUUGUAUUCAGGAACGUGACUGCGCAAGGUGCUCAGGAUCUGGUGUUGACGACAGAAAGGUUCUAUUAUUUCCUUCGCCAGCUCUUCAGGAAAGCAGGGUAUUGGGAAGAUCCCACAAUACAUGAUAUCCGCCGAACACUUGGAAAAAGGUUGAUGGGCGAUACGGCUCAGCAUUAG